AUGUUUUGUGAUAGAAACUUCGCUGUGGUUAAAAGAAAGAUAAAGAAAAAAGACAGAAUUUUUUUAUUGAAAGAAUAUAGUGAACUCAUCAUCACAUCAAGCUGCAAAGGAAGUUUUUCCGUUUAUCUGAUAGAUAAAGAAAAUAGCGUGUUAAAAGAUUACAAAACAUGGUGGCUCCAAUUUUACAAGAAAAACUGCUUGUCUAUAGCUUCCUUAGGUAGAGGGGUACCAAAAGAUGAGAAAGUUUUGUUUACUAUUUCAACUUUUAUGCAGUUCACUCAUACAGAAGACAAGAAAGGUUAUGUCCUUGCCCGCAACUACAUUGAUGGUCUUAUCGAACAUGAAUUUAAAUUAAACACAUCCACGCCAAUCACAUCUUUUCCCAUCGAAGCUGCCUAUCCAGACGUCAAGGUACCAAUUAAUGCCAAAAAAAUGGUAUCCAUCAAGAAAUUUUUAUCAAGAAAUAUUUUCUUGGCCAACAGUGGGUAG